CAUGUUCCCGGUUCCCUUACGGGUGUGGUGACGAGAUUGCUCGCGAAAACUGCUUCUCAGCUCGAGUGAGGGCUGCGUGGCCCUUUAAAUGUGUUUAAAAUUGACUUCCAAUUAACUGUGACGCUUUGAAAUUCCUCCGUGCUCUUCUCAACAUGCCAGGGAUCUGAAAGAAAGCGGAAUUUGCCCAAACCAAACCCGAUCAGGUCCAGCACGUUCUCGUCUCAGGUGCCGGUCAAACAGGAACUAUGAGUGAGUUGGAGCAGUUGAGACAGGAAGCAGAACAGCUUCGCAACCAGAUCCGGGAUGCUAGAAAAGCCUGCAGUGACUCCACACUUUCGCAGAUGACCGCGAGCCUGGACUCAGUGGGACGGAUACAGAUGAGAACGAGGCGCACGCUCAGAGGUCAUCUGGCCAAAAUCUACGCCAUGCACUGGGGCAGCGACUCCAGGUUACUUGUCAGUGCCUCCCAAGAUGGCAAACUGAUCAUAUGGGAUGGUUAUACGACCAACAAGAUGCACGCUAUCCCCCUGCGCUCGUCCUGGGUCAUGACCUGUGCCUACGCCCCGUCGGGGAACUACGUGGCCUGUGGAGGCCUGGACAACAUCUGCUCCACCUACAGCCUGAAGACACGCGAGGGCAACGUCCGGGUCAACCGAGAGCUGGCUGGACACACAGGCUAUCUGUCUUGCUGUCGUUUUCUGGAUGACAAUCAGAUCAUCACCAGCUCUGGUGACACCACAUGUGCAUUGUGGGACAUUGAGACGGGCCAGCAGACCACCAGUUUCACAGGACACUCGGGUGAUGUCAUGAGUCUGUCGGUCAGUCCUGAUCUAAAGACGUUCGUGUCAGGAGCCUGCGAUGCUUCUGCUAAACUGUGGGACAUCAGAGACGGGAUGUGCAGGCAGUCCUUCACCGGCCACGUCUCUGAUAUAAACGCCGUCUGCUUCUUUCCGAAUGGGAAUGCCUUCACGACGGGUUCAGACGACGCCACCUGCAGGCUGUUUGACCUGCGCGCGGAUCAGGAGCUCAUGAUGUAUUCUCACGACAACAUCAUCUGUGGCAUCACCUCCGUGGCCUUCUCCAAGAGCGGACGCCUCCUGCUGGCCGGAUACGACGACUUCAACUGCAACGUCUGGGACACUUUAAAAGGAGAACGUGCAGGUGUCUUGGCCGGUCAUGACAACAGGGUGAGCUGUUUAGGAGUACCUGAUGAUGGGAUGGCUGUGGCCACGGGAUCAUGGGACAGUUUCCUUCGGAUCUGGAACUGAGAAGGGUAUUAAAAUCUCCGGCUCCUGUUUCGUCCCAUUUCUGCGUCCUUCCACAGCAGUCCCUCUGUAUUCCAGUUAUUACACAUGAUUUUCAGUAUGUAGUUCAAUCCCGUGAAGAAGCCAAUCGUCACCGCAAACCACAGGAAUGAUAGGAAGAGAUUAUUAAAGUGUCAUUGUGUAAUAUGUAAAUAUACAUGUAUAUGAAUAUAGAUAUGGUAUAUAUGUACAGCAUUAUGUGUAUGUAUAUACCAUAUAGUAUAUACAUACAUAGUGUUCAUGUAUAUAUUUUUCUAGUUGAUCAUUGGCCCAUGACAUUUUUAUUAAUCUUUCACUUUUUGUAUUUUGUCGUUUGUUUGUUGUACAUAGAAAACAACGCUAAACUAAAAUGGAAAGUUGCGAACAGUCUGUAUUAAAAAAAAAACAAAAUCGUGAAUUUACGGAGGAGGUGCAUUGGAAAACAAAAGCAUGAAACACCUUGUGUUUUAAUGCAGAUGACCUCCGGAUGUUUUCUUUUUUUGUGUGUUGUUUUUUACACGCCACUAAAUCAGUCAUCAUUUAUUGGUGCUUGAGAGUGUUUGGAAAGAAGGCAAUGAUUGAAUGUUUAAUUCGAAGCAUCUUGAUGCUUUUAGGAGUCUUGCUUUUGAUUGAUAAUGAAAUUCAUAAUCGAUCUGCCCUUGAACUUGAGCCUUAAAUACUAGUGAUCAAAACAGAACUAGUCCUAGUAUAUAAAUGGAACGUAUUGAAAACAGUGUAUAUAGCCAAUUACUAUUUGUUUUUUGGUGUUCAUUAAGCGUAAUUUGAAUGCUGAAACCAGUUUUUUUGGCGGCUUCAUCUUGUAAAUGUGUGCAAACAGGUGGAAAUGAAGAACACUACCUGGUCAGGAUGGUUCAACUGCUCACCAAGUCACUAUAUUUGGCUUCACAAAUCGUAGAUUAGAGCGAUGAAGCUGUUUACUCACUUUCGCCAUAUUUAUGUGCCAUCGGUUCUGACAGUAUGCCUGUGUUUGUUGCGGUUGCCAGAUUGAUGCGUGUGUCAGUAACCAGUUUAAUAAGCCUGAUUAUGAAACCGUGAUAUUUGUUAACACCUCAAUUAACUGUGAAAAGCAUUUCAAAUCUUUCUUUUACUUCGCCUUUUUAUAUUAAAGGGAAUCAGAAAGCAGCUUCAGUUAUUAAAACGCGAAUCUUUUACAGUAUGUUUUGUAGCGUAAAUAAAAACCCUUUCACUGCUCCAUAAAGGAAUUGAUUUUUAGUUUGUUUUACUGCUUGGUUUUAUGAUGAUUGAUUGCGAAAAGGGAUGUCUUUGGUAAUAAUGUUUUAUUUAGGAGUCGCUUUGAAUUCAAUUCAGACAGGAGUUUUGCUGGUUUUAUGAGUAUUGGUUCGAUUGAAUUCAGAUUUCUAUUGUUGGUACUGUAGAGGUUGCAAGAUCGGUGAUUCUUUUUGUGGUUUUAUGAUGAUCAUAUUGAAGAUUUUAGUGGUUGGUUCUGGAUCAGCUGAAAUCUGCAGUUUUGGGCUGAAAUGGUGAUGUUUCAGAGCUUUAAUGAAUACCAUGGAUGACUUUGCCAAAUGUGUUUCCGAACCACUCAAACUCAGAAAUGAAAGGACCUUUUGGUAUUACAGUGCAUGUUAGAACCCCAAUGUUUUUAAGUAUUCAUAAUAUACUUCUGGCUUGAUUUGUAAGUUUCAUAAUCCAUUUUUUUUCUUUGUUUCUUUUGAGCCAAUAAAACCAGGAGUGUUUUGCCUUGUGUAUUUUCACAGUGCCAUAUUUUCAAAUAAUCAUUUUUAAUAAUAUUUUGUUUCUCAACUUUUUUUUGUUGGUAUUUGUAAAGUAACAUGGUGUUAAUGCUGCCAUACACGGAUAUUGUAACCAAUAAAAUACUUUUAACCAUA